CUGAUGGCCCCGCUUUUCGCCUCGUCCUCCCUACUAAGUACCUAGGUACCUACUUAAGUAGGUAGGCAAUAGCUCCCUUUACCAACCUCAUAAAUCUUGUCGCUCCCAGGACAAGACACCACCACCAUGGCAUCCCUUCCGAGACCAAGUCCCGCCGAGCUGGGCCUCAGACUCGUGAAUCAAGGCCCUCACAAACAAGAGCCUGCCAACCGGCGCAUCCGAGGGCUGCUGGGCCAUGACUGGAUCUUCGAUAGCCUGGGUGCCAGAUACGUCUGGGAGCAUCCAUAUUGUACGACCAGGCCCAGCUGGCCAGUGUCUUCCCGUACCAGCUAAACCUGCUGCUCAGUUCCGCACUACUACAUCCCGGAAACCGACAUGGCAGCAGGGCCGGCCAGGAUCGUCAAGGAGAGGCAAGACAGCAGGGCCGGCCAGGAUCGUCAAGGAGAGGCAAGACAGCAACGGCUUCUGGCUCGGGACCAUUCGCACCGGGGCCGGCACCGCUGAGGCGCAGGGCUACGAUAAGGGUCCACUCCAAGGCUUUGUCAAGGUCAAAGUGUCCGACAUAGGUCAGUCAUCAUGGUUUGCCAUACGUUCCCUCCCAUCAGGUUUUGAUCCUUGCCGCGCAGACUGGUUUGCCGAAGACGAGAAGCUUCUUGGAGGCCACCCCAAGGACCCUUACAAGCGUAUCGAGAUCCUUCCCUCUUCCCGCGAGAUUAGGAUCGAACUUGACGGCACGGUCAUUGCCCAGAGCACCAAUAAUUUGUUUUUGUACGAGACCAUGCUACCUACGCGCUACUAUUUGCCGCCGACUUCUGUAAGAGACUGGCACCUGUUGAGCGAGAGUGAUUCUACUUCUUUCUGUCCCUACAAAGGACAGGCCUCGUAUUACAACGUCAAGGUGGCAGAGACUGAAGUCGAUGAUGCUGUGUGGUACUAUGUCUAUCCGACACCCGAGAGUUCUGCUAUCCAGGGACGCUUGUGCUUCUAUAAUGAGAAAUUUGACGUCUUCGUCGACGGCGUGAGGCAGAAACCAUGAUGGAUGCAAUCAUAUUGGCACAGAAUGCGCAAAGGUGAUGCUUGGGUCAGUGCCCGCGGUGGAAAUACCCACGACGUGACCACUGGGGGAUCCAGCGUGGGCAUGCUUCUUCAGCAAUCGUCUUCCUACCCUAGGCGUCAAUACCGUGGUGCAAAAGCGAAACAGCGAUUGCGCGUGAAUUGAAAACCUGUCUAUGUGCUUGGGCACACACAACUAUCGUAUAUGCACAUCCAUCAGCUAGGGACCCUCGUGGCACGUAAUCUGCCUAGGUAUGUACUCAGGUCAGGUACCCACGAUAAGCCAAGCUCGGAUGAGCCUGCAUUAGCUGUCGGGUCCACGUUCGGCGAUGACUCACUGAGAC